AACAUCCCUGGAGAUGCUUUAACAUCAGUGGAGGUCUUCCAUGUUGAGACAGGAACUCUGUUUGCUAAAGACCAGGAAAAACAAGGAGAUUCGGAAGAACUCAGUGAUCUAGAGGGAUCAGAAUAUUCAUUCCAAACAACUAUGGAAGAGCUUGAGGAAAAUCAGAAAGAUAUUCAACUCACUUUACAGGAACCCCAGAAUAAUGAUAACAAGAAGCAGCAGCAUGAAAAGAUGGGAGCCAUCAGAGACAUGACCACACCAUCUUUCAUCUCAGACAGUAAAACAGAGAGCAUGGAUGCUAAGUGGCAUAUGGCACAUUUGGACAUGAAGGGAGGAACCAGUGCUUUGCAGUCAGAAGUAUCCACCAAUGCAGAGGAGCUGGAACAGCUCUGUGGCAAGCAGGUCACCGCAGCUGAUAUUGAGCUUGAGAGGAUGAAGUGGGAUUUUGUGCUGGCUAAACUGAAAUAUGAACAUGAGGAUAAUGAAAAGCAAAGGCUUCAUGAAGAGAGAAUGGAGCAGAUUCAUCAACAGGCAUUUAGCCAAGGACUCCAAGAUCUACUCUGGCCCCCAAACCAGUAUGCCUUUUUCCUGUACUGCUUCAUCAUUAUUCAUGUUAUUUAUACAGUAAAGGAGCUGGCCUUCUACUUUUUCCAAACCCAUUACCUGUUCUGUUUUGCUAUUGUGCUCUUUUUCAUUCUGAAAAAGUGGAAGGCUAAGAAGAGUGGACGAGGAAAAGGACAGUGCAGCAGAAAGGAAGAUCUUGCCAGAAGAUCGUCCACUGUUUUCAAUCCCAACGCUGUAAAGCUCAGCAGGUCAAACGAGCCCCAGCUGAAAGCGGCUAAGUGCAUCA